AUGAAUCUUAUAAUUAUCUACGGAUUAUUUCUUGGGGCAUGUGUCUCCCUUCUACUUUUACUUCAACUCAUUCUGUUUCUGAAAAAACAUACAACUCCCUUGUUUCACCGUAUGAUUGUCCUCAGUCUCAAACAUGUGAUCUACCCGCAUCUGUUCCAUCGAUCAUGGAUCUUUGCACCACCAACGCCAUUCAACCUCUCCCUUCAACUUGUCUAUUAUGCAGUAUCACUUGUCUGUAACCUCAUCGGGGUGCAUUCAGUCGAUGAAUUCGGGAUUCGGGCAGGAAAUCUCGCAAUUGUCAAUCUUAUUCCUCUGCUCUCUGCCAGUCGACUCGAUCUGGUGGCGAAACUCCUUGGCCUCUCCCUCCACUCAUACCUCCGUAUGCAUGGCACUGUUGGUCUCACCACUUGCAUUCAAGGUCUCAUUCAUGUGAUAAUAUAUGUGUGGCGAAAUCGCUUUGAUAUAAGUGAUUCGGUACAACUAUACGGGCUUCUGAGCAUUGGAUCCUUCGCAAUUUUGAUCUUCCUAACUGGGAUCCGUCGUUGGUUUUAUGAGACAUUUCUUAAAGCACAUUCCGGCUUUGCUAUCCUGGCCGCGAUAAUGCUAUGGCGCCAUAUGGGGAUGAAAAAAGUGCUCGCUCGUCUCCAUUUGCUUAUUGGGUUGGGCAUUUUUCUCGGAACCUCCGCGUUACAUACAAUGAUGCUGCUGGCCCGUAAUGUGACAUCUCGGCAGUUUGGAUCUAAAGCCCGGAUAUUCAGAGGAGGUGAUAUCAUCAGAGUGGAAUUAUCUGUAGCACGGCCCUUCAAGGUACAAGCCGGUCAAUCCAUUUAUGUCUGGAUUCCCAGAGUCAGCUUUUGGUCACACUUUCAAACCCACCCCUUUGUUGUUGUCUGGGAUAAGCAAGAUGAUAAUGGUAAAGCACCCAACAUAUCUCUGCUGAUUAAAGAAAGAGGUGGAUUCACAAGCAAACUGAGCCGCCACAAUCAGAAGGCAACUUUUAUGGCAUGGAUUGACGGUCCGUAUGGCAUACCAUUGUCGCUUGGGAAGUAUACCCAUGCGUUAAUGGUUGCUACAGGGAUCGGAAUAGUCUCUCUAAUUCCUUGCAUCCGAGAGUUUGUGGAAGCGCAGAAGCAACAGCCCAUUCUAGGCCGUACUAUUCUGGUAGCAUGGGAACCAGAUGGUGAGAGUGAUCUGGAUUGGGUAAAGGAUUGGAUGGAUCAGCUGUUGCAGGAGGACAAAGGAAACUAUAUUCUCCGCUUCGGCCUGUACAGACAUCCCCGAGGAUCCGCGCCGGAAACAGACGGACAACAUGACAGAAUUUGGAACUUGCCUGUUGGGAUGGACCCAAAGGACCUUGGAGUCUCCGCAAAAAAUACUAUUCGAGAUGGCAUGCGAGAGGUGGUGCGGAAGGAGAUGAAAUCUGAUGUCACUCUGAUUGAUCUGCCAUUUCAACCCUGGGAGAAUCCCCGGGCACCCAAAGAGGCUGUGUAA